AUGGAUCCUCGGACUUUUGACCCCCGCCGCGGUGCACCCUUCAGCUCCGGCUCCCUACCCGGUCCUUCCGUCCUCCAACUGCCCGCUGCUCCCAAGAAGAAGCGCGCCUCCCAAUCCGCUCCCACACACGCUGCUAUCGAAUCAUCUCCACCAGGUUUCGACGGCCCGCCCGACUUGACCAAGGUCCGGGCGUACGCCGCGUGCAAGUCGUGCCGGCUCAAGAAGAUCAAAUGCCUUCCGGGUCCCUCUGCCCCCUCGAAGGGGGGAGAUGCCAAUGGUCCACCCGGACCAUGCCAACAGUGUACUCAGGCGAGCCUUGAGUGCACAUACCCGCCGACAAGAGACCGAGCGGCGUAUUCCCGGCAGUACGUGCAGAAUCUGGAGAGUAGGGUACAGGCGCUCGAGGUGGUCAAUGCGAGGCUGCUGCCUAUGCUUGACGCAUUUGAGAGGGGAGAAGGGAUGGAACUGAAGGUCAUGCAGAAUGGGGAGGGGGCUGGGGAGCGGUAUGGGUAUCCCCAUCAGGAGCCUACGGGGUACCAUCCAGCUCAAGCCGACGACGGGGAUGACGAUCCCGACGCGGACGGGGACGAGUUUGACCACGAGCACAAUAACGGCCAAAUGACGCAGGACGAGCGGGGCAAUUAUCGGUGGAUCGGCGCGUCGAACACCCUCUCCCUCCUCGAUUCCUUCAACCCUACUUCGCCACACCAACGCCCGGAACCUCUUCCCGGCCGACAACCAACGUCGGGGGAUAACCCAUAUUUCGCUCCUGUGGCGGGGUCCGGGGUUAUCAAUGUCUUGCCCACGGUGGAUGAAGUGGUGUAUCCCGAGGCGAGAGCAGCGGAGGAGAUGAUCGACGCGUACUUUAGGGAGAUACACCCUAUUUUGCCGAUUAUGAUUGAGCGGGAGUUCAGGGAGGCAUAUGCGGCUCUCAUGCAGCGGAGAAGUGCGGGCGUUCUGGAGAAGUCGGGCAUGUUCGUCUCUAUGGUGUUCGCCAUCUUUGCUCUAGGCGAGCGGGUCAUCGUGACCUCGCGAGCCUGGAAGAGGGAGAAACAGAAACAGAAGGCCUCGCCUGGAGACGAGGCGAAGCGGGAAUCUGACGAGGAGACGGUCUUGCCAGGGGAAGCAGAAGCCGGGGUCAUCUGGUAUGAAAGAUCCCAGAUCCUACGGUACACAAGUAUCACCGACAUCAGUCUGAACCAGAUCCAAGCGCUCAUUCUCAUGGCUGCGUUCCAGGCAAGCGUGAACGCUAUGCCGAUGUCGUGGUUGUUGUGUGGGAUUGCGCUGCGCAUGGCGCAAGAUCUGGGUCUGCACCGCUCUGCAGCCCGCCUCAAGCUCUCUUUUGCCGACAAGCAAGUCCGCUCCCGGUGCUGGUGGAGCGCAUACGGUCUGGAUCGGAUGGUAUCGCUCACCCUCGGCCGGCCGCCCGGCGUCGAUGAUCUCGACAUUGACGUCCCCUACCCCGCCGAGCUCGAUGACGAUACCCUCCUCUCCCUCUCCGCUUCCGGCGAGAGCAGCGCCGGUCACUCGCCCGUACCCGCCGAAUCUCAGCCAUCUACCAUGUCCGGCUUCGUCGCCCUCACCAAGCUGUGCAAGAUCUCGGGCAAGAUCAGCCACAUCCUAUACCGCCCAUCGCAGGGUCGGUCGGCGGAUGACCCGGGAUUUCUGUCGGCCCAACAGACGUCCAUUGACAAGCUCGACAAGGCUCUGCGGGACUGGCUUGCGCACGAGGUCUCGCCAAAGUACAAGGACCAGUCGCAGGACAGCGCGAUCCAGCUUGUCUCCGCCGCCCUGAGCAACACGUACUUUGCGUGCCUCAUCACGCUGCACCGGAACUUCCUACCGCCCAGUCUGGACUCGGGUCGACCUCGGCCACUCCCCUCUUCCACCAGUCUUUCGCACUGCGUUGCAGCGGCUCGGUCGGUCAUCCAUAUCGCGGCGCAAUCGAGGGUGCUCUUGCCUCCCUCACAUCAUCUCGCGGUGUUUUGCCAGUAUCUCUGGUCCGCAGCGGUCAUGCUGCUUCUGUGCGAGGUGCAGGCGAAGGAUCAGGUCGUGGUGGACGCGGUCGGGCCUCAGGUGGACUCAUGCCGCCGCUCGCUGAAGGCGCUCGAGCCAGUCUGGCCAGGUGCGAAGAAGUUAAAGGAGCUGCUGGAUGAGGCGGAGCGGAGGGGCAAGGAGGUGGUGAAAUCGGGGAUGGAUCGAUCGAGCAAGAAACGGCGCAAGUCUUCUCAUCCCGAGGGAGGGAGCAGCUCCAAAAGGCCUUCGCUUCAUCCGGCCGGGGACAAGCGGUAUUUCUCAUCUACGGGAUAUGGGAGCCCACCCAUCACCUCAGCCUCGGCACCCUGGGGUGCGCUGCAAGCGCAGCGCUCGCCCAUGUCAGCUCGGCCGGGCAGCGCUCACGCAUACGAAACCUCGGACACACGUACGGCUCUUCCCGAGCGGUCACGGUCCUACCAGAACCGACCUGGAUCGGCCGGUAUCUCGUACCCUCAUCAACCCCAGUCUCAGUCGGGCUAUACCACUAUCUCACCUACCGACUUCUUACAGCCCGUCAACUACACCUUCGACGUUGGGGGCGUCGACUUUGAUGGGCUGGAAAUGCUCCAGGGGUUCAACAAUGACUUUGCCUCGCUCUGGCAGACCGUCAUCCCCGAUACCUCCUUCACCAGUAAUCCCAUGCCUAGCGCGGGUCCAUCACAACAACCGCAAAUGUCAUUACUGAGCGAUGCGGGACCUACAAUUGGCGCCGUGGCGGGUCAAGGGCAGACUGUGCCGUCUACCCCGAACCUCGCGGAUGGGAACAGCGGGUGGGUGCAGAGCAGUCCGCAGGUCGGGACGGGGACGGGGACAGGGUAUACGAUGGGACAGGGACAGCAGGGGAAUGAGUUUGGGGUGUUGACGGAUCUGGGAACAAGCGAGUUUUGGAGUCAGAUCGCUGCGGCAGGGCAGGAUUGGGGCGCGGAUCCGAAUCUGCCGUUCAAUUUCUAG